GCGCCGACACCAGUAGAGUCAGAGGAGGCACCACGUGUACUGUGUUGACUGUCAAAGUCUCAGGGAGCCCAAUUCCCGGAAGCUGUGAGUUCUGAGAGAGGUUCCUGGAUUGCAGUGCCCCGAGUCUGUGAGUCCCCAACCAUGAGUACCCCUGGCGUGCUGUCCUUUACCCAGCAAGGCUGGGAGCAGGUGCUGGCCAAAAUGAAACGGGCUGUGGUCUACCUGGACGCCGCCUGCGCUGAGAGCCUGCACUGGGGCUGCGGAUCGACGCGGCUCCUGGAGGCUGUGGGGGGUCCUGCGUGUUACCUGCGGGAGUUCGAGCCUGCCGCAGAUGGUGGUGGAGCCGAGCAGCCCAAGGCGGUGUUUGUCCUAAGUUGUCUGAUGAAAGGCCGGACCGUAGAUAUUCUGCGGGACAUCAUCUGCCGCAGCCACUUCCAAUAUUGUGUGGUGGUCACGGCUGUCAAUCACGAUGUCCACCUCACGGCUAAUCAUGUGCCGGCGGCGGCAGCGGCCGAGUUGGAAGGGCAGCAGCCUGUGUUCGAGCAACUGGAGGAGAAGCUGUGUGAGUGGAUGGGCAACAUGAACUACACCGCCGAGGUGCUGCAUGUCCCGUUAUUGCUCGCCCCUGCUGCUUCUCACCUUGCCUUAACUCCAGCCUUUGCUUCCCUUUUUCCACUGCUGCCUCAGGAUGUGCAUCUCCUUAAAUGUGCCCGACCGGACAAGAAGAGGCUAGGAAACUUGGGUGAGGUGGAUGCCACUGCUCUGACCCCAGAACUGCUGCUGCAGAUCAGCUGCCUGGUGUCAGGCCUCAGUUCUCUGUGUGAGCAUUUAGGGGUACGGGAGGAGUGUUUUGCUGUAGGUUCCCUCAGUCGGAUCAUCGCUGCAGAUCUGGCCAAUUAUGCUCCUGCCAAGAACAGGAGGAAGACUGUGGCAGACAGGGCAUCAGUGGUCUUUGUGGACAGAACUCUGGAUCUCACAGGAGCAGUUGGACAUCAUGGAGACAACUUGGUAGAAAAGAUCAUUUCAGUGCUUCCGCAGCUUCCAGGACACACUAAUGACGUGAUGGUUAACAUGGUAGAGCUCACUGCACUUCAGACCGAAGAGGAGAAUCAGAAUGUGGUUGCACCAGGCUGUCUUGCACAGUCCAAUGAUAGCACAGCCAAAGCCCUGUGGGAAGCCUUACUGAAUGCCAAGCACAAGGAGGCAGUGAUGGAAGUCCGGAGACAUCUAGUGGAAGCAGCAAGCAGAGAAAACCUGCCAAUCAAGAUGAGUAUGGGGAGAGUCACUCCGGGACAGCUCACAUCCUAUAUUCAGCUGUUCAAGAACAACCUCAAAGCUCUGGUGAACCACUGUGGGCUCCUACAGCUUGGCCUGGCCACAGUGCAAACUCUGAAACACCCCCAGACUGCCAAGUGGGACAACUUUCUGGCGUUUGAAAGGCUUCUUCUCCAGAGCAUUGGGGAGUCAUCAAUGUCUGUUGUGUUAAAUCAGCUGCUGCCCAUGAUUAAGCCUGUGAACCAGAGAACCAAUGAUGACUACAGCCCUGAAGAGCUGUUGAUUCUAAUCCUACUGUGUUUUGCUUUCUAUAACUAUCUUUGA